AUGUUGUCCCACAUGCCCAUGAUGAAUUGUCAGUAUCCGCCAUCUCGAGCAAAGAGUAGUGGCGAUGGGGACUUCUUCUUCUACGUCGAGGGUUUGCCUCCAUACUACACCUGGGGCAUGUUGAAAGAUCUGACGCGCCAGGCUGCUCCAUACCCUGGUUGGACCGAGAUGGCCUCGAAUCCACAAGGUAUGCAGAAGGGUCGCGGCUGGAUCAAGAUCAAGCGUUCCAAAGAUGCUUUCAACCUCUACGGAUAUUUGACCAAUGGCUCACCUUCCUUGAAGCCACUCAAGGUAUACCUCUGGUCAACAGCGCGAUCACCUCCAGAAUUGUUGCGAUGCAAUGAUGUCCCACGCCCAAUGCAGCCAUUUCCACCGCCACAAAGUGUCAGCACCUAUUCCACACCCAUAAGUACAUCUAUGAGUACACCUGUGGGCACGCCCAUGCACAGGAGUCCAGUAUUCUAUCAUCCGCCUCCCAUCGCUCCGAGAAAGAUGAGUCCCACAUACGUACACACUCCAAACCAGCGACCCGUGAAUUCAACACGAGGACUCGUCAAAACUGAGUCAAGAGGCAUCUUCAUCAGUCAGCUAGACUACGCGAUCGAUCAGCGGCAGCUAGAGGAGUACCUGCGCAAAAUUGGAUUCCUCGACAGCUGCGAGAUUAGAAGAGAUCCGGCAAGUGGCCGAUCGCGCGGCAUCGCAACUGUCAAAUUUACAACUACAGAAGCAGCUGCUAGGGCCGUUCACAUGCUCAACGGUCAGAAGCUCAUGAGCAAGACAGUCAAUGUCCGUUUCGACACGGAGAAGGAAGCAGUCACACCCACGGCCUCAAGCAAGAACCAUCGUGAUCGUCUCAUCAUUGCCAAUGGCUCCAAGUGA